CGCACAUAAAGACAGCAGUAGCCAAAUCUCGGUGAUACAUGGAAGGCUGUGAGCACACAUAUCUUGCGAACAUGUCAGACGUCUCGACAGCCAUCACGACCAUAACCAGCAGCACUGGUACCGAUGAUAUAUCGGAUGACUUUGGCAAGAAGUGGGUCUGGCUGAUGGUAGCGGCCGUCAUCUUUAUCAUUGUCUUCGGGCUUGUGUUCGCCAUUUGUCGCAAGUACCACAAGCGCGGACGUAUGACUGUUUGGGGAAGAAACUCUCAUUGUAGAAACUGCGGAGAAAAGAUGGCAGGAGAGGCGGGCACUGCCCAGAACCUGGAAAAACUUUGGUGCUGGAAAGUGAAGACAUACUACUGCGAUGUUUGCGUUAGAAAUGAAAGGAAGAACGGCAUUGUUUGAGACAUAAUAUGCUGAGCGCCUGCGGCUGGUUCUUCCGAGAGUGCGACAAACUGGCCGGAGAAGUGGU